GAAGUUUACAGUUUCAACAAAACAAACACCGUAUCUAUUCUCCUAUUAUGGCUAAGAUUCUGUUUGGCUAGCCUACUUGAGUUUGAGAGACUGAAAGUAAGAGUAAACAAACCAAUGGAUUUCAGUGGCGGCGGUUGGUGGUGGCUCAGCCUUAUCCUCAUCCCCUUCUUCCUCCUCAAAUUCAUUUCCAAAAGAAGCCCAACCCUCCCUCCGGGACCCUUCACCAUUCCCAUCAUCGGCACCAUCUUAUCCCUCCGCAAAUCAUUCUUCGACCUCGAGCCCAUCCUCCGCAACCUCCACGCCAAGUACGGCCCCGUCGUCGCUCUCCGCAUCGGCUCCCGCCCCUCCGUCUUCAUCGCUGACCGUCACCUCGCCCACCAAGCCCUCGUCCACAACGGUGCCGUAUUCGCCGACCGCCCUCCCGCUCUCCCCACCACUAAAAUCUUCAACAGCAACCAGCAUAGCGUCAGCUCUGCCAGGUACGGUCCCACCUGGCGCCUCCUCCGCCGCAACAUCACUUCCGAGAUCCUCCACCCUUCGCGGGUCAAGUCCUAUUCCCGCGCUCGCAAAUGGGUUCUCGAUAUUCUCCUCAAACGCCUGGAAGCCGAUGCUCACAGCGCCGCCGAUGGUGUCCGCGUAAUGGAUCACUUCCAGUACGCCAUGUUUUGCCUCUUGGUCUUGAUGUGCUUCGGUGACAAGCUUGACGAGUCGAAGAUCAAAGAAAUCGAGACCAUCCAACGUCGCAUUUUGCUGGGUUUCUCACGCUUUAACAUACUCAAUUUCUUACCCGGUUUGACCAAAAUUGUUUUCAGAAAGCGGUGGCAGGAGUUGUUUCAGCUCCGCUAUGACCAACUCGAGGUUCUGGUCCCCCUCAUCAAUUCCCGGGAGAAGGUCGAGGAAGCCAAGAUUUCUACCAAUGAUGAUGAUGAUUUCGUGCUUUGCUAUGUGGAUACUUUACUGGGUCUGGAGCUGCCAGAGGAGAAGAGGAAGCUUGAUACAGGGGAAAUGGUUACCUUGUGCUCCGAGUUUCUGAACGCUGGCACUGACACCACCUCCACGGCGCUGCAGUGGAUCAUGGCCAGUUUAGUGAAACAUCCCCAGAUUCAAGAGAAGCUGUACGAGGAGAUAAAAGGGGUGAUGGGGGAUGAUGGUACAAGAAGAGGGAAGGAGAUUGAAGAGGAAGAUUUGCAGAGAAUGCCGUAUUUGAAAGCUGUGAUAUUGGAAGGGCUGAGGCGACACCCGCCGGGGCACUUUGUGUUGCCUCACGCAGUGAGUGAGGAUGUUGUGGUGGGUGGACAUGUGGUGCCGAAGAAGGGAAGCGUUAACUUCAUGGUGGCGGAGAUGGGAUGGGACCCCAAGGUGUGGGAGGACCCCAUGGCGUUCAAGCCAGAGAGGUUUCUGGUUGGUGAUGAUAGUAAGGUUGAGUUUGAUAUAACUGGGAAUAGGGAGAUAAAGAUGAUGCCUUUUGGGGUGGGGAGGAGGAUAUGCCCUGGCUAUGGUCUGGCCAUGCUUCAUUUGGAGUAUUUUGUGGCCAAUUUGGUUUGGAAGUUUGAGUGGAAUAAGGUUGAUGAAGUUGACUUGUCUGAGGUACAGGAGUUCACCACCGUCAUGAAGCAUCCUUUGCAUGCGCGCUUGACUACAAGGCACUAGACCAGACCUUGUUAUCUUUCUAUCCAAAACUACUCAGUACUUUGCUACAUACAUAUCUACUUGGUUCAAUUUUGUCUCAAGUUGAGUUGAAUAAUCACAUUAUAUAUCUGUUGUGUUGUGUUCAGUUGUGAUGUUAAGAGACAUCUAGUAAUUAAGAAAGACUAAAACUUUGUAUAGUAUAGAAGAAGCAAACACGAAAGCCUCCAACAAGUUAUGAAUGAUUCUGGUGACUCUUAUUAGGAAGUUUGAGUUUUUGAUGUUUUUUUUUAAGGUGGGAUAUUGGGAACUAAACAAAAUUAUCUGUUUCUCAAAACUAAACUGAGCUUAGAUAUCUUGCUGGGGAAAUAGAUUGUUUCUUCUCAAGGGGUUCGAUUGCCAUGGAAUUCUUCAAGCAUUUGAUAAUAGCUUGAGGAGGAGCUAAAAUGAAGGCAACAAGAUUAGAGCA